CUCUCGACUCGGGUCUCGGGUCUCGGGUCUACAAGAGACGGAGUUGAGUUUUCGAGUCAUGGAGACACCCGACCCCGUAGACCCAGCCACCCUUGAGAUUAAAACCCGUAGCAUAGAACAGACUCUUCUCCCACUAGUGAAACAGAUCUCGACGCUGGUAUCGCACCGAGAAAGGCCAUUAUGCUCCGACCGCAGUCUGCGUGCUGUGGCAAGAGUCGGCCAGGCGGUAAAUCUUGCUGUCGAGAGAUUUGUUACUGUCGGAGAAACAAUAGCAGAUGACAAUCCUGAAAUCAAACAGACCAUGUACGACGCUUGUAAAGAAGCCAGAGUUGCUGGUGGUGCCAUAGAAAAAUUAUGUGAAUGCGCAAUGGAAGAUAGUUUAGCAGACAGAGGAUCAGUGGUGAGAGCGGCGAGAUGUCUUCUGGGCUCUGUCACCAGAGUUCUACUUUUGGCGGACAUUGUGGUCGUAAAACAACUGCUCUUAGCCAAAGACAAAGUGGCCCGUAGUCUCGGGCGGCUCGAAAGCGUUUCAAACUUUACGGAAUUUGUUAAAGCCUUCAGUCAGUUCGGGGCCGAAAUGGUCGAACUUGCACAUUUAACUGGAGAUAGGCAGAAUGAUUUAAAAGAUGAAAGGCGCCGAGCACAAAUGGCUGCAGCCCGACAAGUACUAGAGCGAAGUACAAUGAUGCUUUUGACGUCAAGUAAAGCUUGUUUACGACAUCCCGAGUGUCCGUCAGCUAAAGAAAACCGAGAUACGGUAUUUUGCCAAAUGAGAAGGGCCAUGGACUUGAUUCAUUAUGUCGUGAAGGAUGGUGUGCUUGACUGCAAUGAAUCUCAGUCUUACUCAAACUCACAGAGUCCUCAGCAGCAGGAUUGGGACAGCAGUACUGUGAGUUCGGCGUUGAAAAAUUUUGAACGUAUGGUAGAGACAACAAGAAUGACUUUAAUGUUACCUGAAUGUAGAGAAACGUUGACUUCAACGAUUGAUACUGUAGUUGAGAGGACACAAGACUUUACAGAUAGCGCUUACACGAGUCAUGAACAUCGGGAAAAUAUAUUACUGCUCUGUGAUCGGGUUAAACUUGAACUCAAUUCACUUCUGAGAGUCGGCAACAGUAUGCAAAAUUAUGAAAGUGGACCGACGUCACCGAACUCUGAGCUAGAUCAAGCGGUAUUGAGUGUAUUGAAAGCCACGCGUGAUUUACGAUUACAAUUGGCAACGACGACAAUGGAACAGGCCGGUGAUCUUGGGCAAGUUACUAAAGCUGGGCAAGAAUUGGUAUCGACAAUUCGUAAUCUCGCAUUGGCGAGUGAGAUCGAUAGAUUACAGGAGAGUAGUGAUCGAUUUCAUGAGUACAUUGAACAUAUUCUUGAAGUAUGCAAAUUAUUAAGACACAUUGCGCUGUCAGAAUCAUUGCAAGUAUCAGCAAAAUUUACAGAAAUAAAUUUGCGUAUUUAUGGUCCACAAGUUGUUACUGCAGCACACACAUUAGCACGUUACCCAACAAGUAAAAUAGCUAAAGAAAAUCUCGAAGUAUUUGCAGAUAUGUGGCAAUGGCUCAUGUCCGACGUAACCACCGUCGCAAAAGAUGUGUUAGAACUCUGCCACAGCCGCCCGGAGAAACAAGUUUACAUGUCGCUACCGCGACCCGGCAAACACGGGACAACAAGUAAGCCAUUGAAACCAGUGCGAUUGGACAGCGAAGAACAAGCGAAAAUAGCUAAGGCUGGUUUGGAAAUGAAAUUAAUCACCUCAGAAAUGGACGCGGAGACAGAAAAGUGGCAGGAGAGUGGGAACUCGCAAUUAGAGGAAAAUAAUGAUAUUGUUAAACGUGCAAAAAAUAUGUCUUCCAUGGCCUUCUCGAUGUACCAAUUUACACGUGGAGAGGGUGCACUCAAAACAACUCAAGAUCUAUUUACGCAGGCGGAAUACUUUGCCGAAGAAGCUAAUCGUUUGUACAAAGUCGUUAGACAAUUUAGUUAUCAGGUACCUGGUGGCCCCAAUAAAAAAGAUUUGCUGGAAAAUCUUGACCGUGUACCGACUUACGUUCAGCAAUUGCAAUUUACUGUUAAAAAUCCGACCGUGGGAAAAGCAGCGACGUUUACUAAAGUUGAUAAUGUUAUACAGGAAACGAAAAAUUUAAUGAAUAUCAUAUCAAAAGUUGUUACCACGUGCUUCGAAUGUGCAACAAAGUACAAUCUAGAUUUCCGUGGAUUAUCAGCCCGAGGUGCUGGCGGAUCACCAUACAGAGGAGGUGACAAUUCCGGAGAUGGAGACGGUACUGGAGUUGGAGCUGAUGGGAGCAAAAGUGGAUCAGCCCCAGGCAGCGACCCGUCUGUCUGACAGUUUGGUAUGGCCCGACGGGCCAAAGGAGACACGCGACGAACACGAGUUUCCUUUUUGUUAUUUUAAACAAAUCGGAAAUUUCGUCAUUGUUGUCUUUCAACCACUCAGCUUCCGUCUUCUCAGGCUCCGUUUGUUUAUUUACCAUUAUACCUUUGGGUUAUAUUUAUUCUGUUACAUAAUACGGUAAAUUAUAUUUCAUACUUAACAAUCAAUAUUUAUAUUUAU